UCCCGGUCCCGGUCCCGGUGCCGCCAUGCGGGCGGGCCGCUGGCUUCUACCGGCGCUGCUGCUGCUGGCGGAGGCGGCGGCGGCGGCUCCGGUUGCCGGUGGCGGUGAGGGGGGGCCGGGAACGGCGGCGGCCUCGCCCCGCGGUCCCGGGGAGCCGUGCGGGGUUUACACGCCGGGCUGCGCCCGUGGGCUCCGUUGCAUCCCCCGGCCCGGGGAACGCGCCCCGCUCCGCGCCCUGCUCCGGGGCACCGGGCUCUGCCGCCCCCUCCGCGCCCGCCCCGCCGCCACCGGAGCCCCCGCAGGGGACACCCCGCAGGAGGGGCCCCCCGCCACGCCGCCCCCCCGGCCCCCCCCGGCUGACGGCAAGGAGGAGCUGGAGACGGCCCCGUGCCGCGGGCACUUGGCCGCCGUCCUGCAGGAGCUGCGGGCCGGGCUGUACCGCAGCGCCGCCGCCAUCUUCCUCCCCAACUGCGACACCCGCGGCUUCUACCGCCCCAAGCAGUGCCGGGCCUCCCAGGGGCCGAAGCGCGGGCAGUGCUGGUGCGUGGACCGGAGGGGGCACCCGCUGGCGGGCACCGAGGGGCAGGGGGGGGCACCCCGCUGCCCCCCGCCUGAGGGGGGCCCGGGGCUGGCACCCCAAAAUACAGCGUGACGUGGGGAACGGGGCUCCCGCUGUCUCUGUCUCGGGGGGACACACACACACACCCCCCCCGACGGGGGGCUCACGGGUGCUUUUGGGGUGCACGGACCCCCCCACACACCCGGUUUGUCUUGGCUUUCCCCCCCCUCGUUGGUGCCCCCGGAGCUGCCCCCCUCAGCCCGAAAGUGCCCCCCCGAGCUGUCUCUGCACCCCAAAACUGCCCCCAGACCCUCCAAAUACCCCCCAGAGCUGCCCUCAG